AUGGCAGCUUCUCACACAGACGAGGUUGACUCCACCAUUGCUACCUUCAACAGCGAUAGUCAGUCUUCUCAAACCACUGAAUCACAGAUCUCCACUGCCCAAACGACUCCAGUGACAAUUGAUCAUGAGAAGGACAAGAACGGUGACGAUUCUGCUCCUGAAGAGAAUGCUCUAACGGAAGCCAUGGUCGAAGAGGAGGCCAAACUUGCUGAGAAUACUCAAAAGGAAGAUGAUAAGCGUAUGGAGGAGGAGGCUCAAGCUCAAUUCGACAGCACCGUCAACAAGCAACGUAUGAAACGCCUGCACUUUUUGCUGGAAAAGUCAUCAGCUUACGCCACUAUCCUCGGUCAGAAAUUGGCAAAGCAGCAGGAAGAAGCUCGUGAGCGAGUCGCACCACAACCUACACCAGCCAGCUCUACAACAACAACUACUAAGCGAGGUGGCAACAAGGCACGUACAACUUCUCGCAAGCGAAAGACAACGGAUUCGAAUUAUCAGUUGACCGAUUAUUUGAAUGAAGAUGAUGUCAAGCGACGAAAGGAUAUGGAUGGCAAUGUUGGCAAAGCUAUCCAGGCUGAUAGUGAGAAUACGGCUAAUGGUGCUGGUGCUGAGGGUCAAUCGGUGAAGCCUACCAUGUCAGCAAGACAACCCGCAUUGGUGACAGGAGGUGUCCUUCGUGAUUAUCAAUUGGCUGGCGUAGAAUGGCUCAUCAGCUUAUGGGAGAACGGCUUGAAUGGCAUUUUGGCUGAUGAAAUGGGUUUGGGCAAGACAUUGCAAACCAUUUCGUUUAUUGCUCAUCUCAAGGCUAUGAAUGUGGCUGGUCCUUAUCUUAUCGUCACUCCCUUGUCAACCCUUGCCAACUGGGUCAAUGAAUUCAAAAGAUUCACCCCUUCUAUCAACGUGCUCUUGUAUCAUGGAACCAAGGAUGAACGGCAGCAUAUGAUUAGUCGCAAGCUUCCCAAGCGAAAGGAGACCAAGUUUGAAUUCCCUAUCGUUGUCACCAGUUACGAGAUUGUCAUGAACGACAGGAAAUAUUUGCAACGCUACAAUUGGAAAUACAUUGUGGUGGACGAGGGUCAUCGUUUGAAGAACUUGAAUUGCCGAUUGAUCAGAGAGCUCAAGACUUACUCAAGCGCCAAUCGUCUGCUGUUGACUGGUACACCACUUCAAAACAACCUGGCCGAAUUAUGGAGUCUCUUGAACUUUUUGCUACCCGAUAUCUUUGACGACUUGGACAUGUUCCAAUCAUGGUUCGAUUUCUCCGACAUUCAUCAAAAGAGUGGUCAAGAUAGAAUUAUCAAGGAGGAAGAAGAGGGCCGUGUAAUCACAAGUCUCCAUACCAUUCUUCGACCUUUCCUUUUGCGACGACUCAAGACGGAUGUUGAGCAUUCACUCCCAAAGAAGAAGGAAUAUCUGCUUUAUGCGCCCUUGACACGAGCCCAAAAGAACUUGUACGACGCUAUUUUGAAUCGAGACAUCCGCGAAUACCUUAUCAACCGCAAGACCAAAGCUUUUGAAGAUAAGCAACCACAACCGCAACAGCCACAACAACCCCUUGAUGAUGAGGAGAACAAGCGCAAUCAACGUUCGGCCAAAGGGGAUAUCGAUUACAAAGAAAAGUCGGAUACUCAAUAUUUCAAGGAGCUCGAGAAGGCAGCUGAUGAAAACACCACGCCAUUGAACACCGAAUCAGUAGAGAAGAAGCAACAAAUCAGUGCAGCAAUUAAACAAGUGAAUGGGCUACAUUUGCAAAAUAUUGUCAUGCAGCUGCGCAAGGUGUGCAACCACCCAUACCUCUUUGAUUGGCCUGUCGAUCCAAACACUGGUGUUCCCCUCCUUGAUGAUCAAAUUGGUGCACAAUCGGGCAAGGUGCUUCUCCUCGACCGCCUAUUGACCGGACUUUUCCAAAGAGGACACAAGGUGCUCGUAUUUUCACAAAUGACCAAGAUGUUGGACGUUCUUGAGGACUGGGCAACUGAAAUCAAGGGAUGGCCUAUUUGCCGGUUGGAUGGAAGUGUCAGUCAAGAAUCACGGCGAGAGCAAAUUGAAGAAUUCAACAAACCCGACAGCCCACGAAAGCUUUUCCUUCUUUCAACACGUGCUGGUGGCCUUGGUAUCAACUUGACGGCUGCUGAUACGGUGGUGAUUUUCGAUAGUGAUUGGAAUCCUCAAAUGGACUUACAAGCUCAAGAUCGUGUACAUCGUAUUGGCCAAACCAAACCAGUCUUGGUGUAUCGCUUGGUGGCUGCCAACACCGUCGAGGCCAAAAUGUUGGAACGUGCUACAGCUAAACGACGCUUGGAGAAGCUUGUGAUUGGCAAAGGAAAAUUCAAGAACCCGACAUCGACCAAGAGGGAUCAAGAAUCAAACCUACGUGAGUUGGCUGAGAUUUUGGCAUCUGAGGAUGGUGAGCAAGUACAAGUUGUAUCCAAGGACGACAAGAUUAUUUCGGAUGAGGAUUUGGAGAAGCUCCUUGAUCGCAGCGAACAAGUCUUUAGCGAAGAAAAUACCAGUGCUUCGGGCGGUUUCAAAGAAAUUGACAGCUCUCAACUACGUGAUUCCAAAAAUGAAGUCUUGGCCACCCGUAUUUAG